GCGGCUCUCACGAGUCUGCACUGCACCUGUUGAACCAGACCCAGACUGGCUUCCCAGCCUUCAGGAGUCCGCCUAUGUGGUUUCUGGAGCCCAGCUUCAGAUGGACGGCGGCAGCAGCACUCUUCACCUGCGCUUGCUCUUUACAGAGCUCUCCGGCUGCAUAAUCAGCCGUUCGAUUUGGGAACGUGGACCUCAAUCAUUAUCCUCAGGACCUUCGGGGUUUCUGCAGAGGUCAGGGAUACUAUCCGGCGUUACAGAAAGAGAAGAGCUUGUUGAGACACCGAAGGUGGUGGUGGAUUCGGGUGUUUUCGUCGGAGGUCCGCCGUCGGAUGGGGUGGGGAAGAAGUUGAAGAAAUAUGUGGAUACGAGAGAAAGGUGCAGGGGACCGGAAGACAGUCCCGGGUAUUGGGUGGCGACUGGUGCGAAAUUGGAGAUAGAGAAGGGAAGAAUUGGACUGCAUGUCAGAUUUUCUCUUCUCAGUAUGUUGUCAUAGAGUUGUUUUUGUUCUAGUUUUUGGUUGUACAGUUGAUAUUUCUUGGUUUCUUCUUCAAGGAAAAUGAUCGAUAUUCCGUGUUUCGAUCAUGGAAAACAGUGUUGAAUCAGCUUUUUCUUGAUUUUGUGCUAUAGAAAUUAAAGGAAAAUUAGCUAUAUGUGCUACAUGAUGGAGGGGGUGUCUGUAAAAUGUAAAAAUUCAUAUGCUGCUAAUGUAAAGUGUUUGGCGUCGUGGUUUGUAAUUUGUGUUUUGUUUUAACAGCUUUUCUUCCCCGUUCUCUUCACGACGAAGUCUUCCAGCUUCCUGUUGCUC